CUUUCAUAACUUUAGUCCCGCAGCCCGCAGCUUUGGGCAAUGCAGUAUGCACUUCAACUUCAAUGCAGGCUCGGGUCAUCAAAGGGAGAGGAAAGGUUGAGAAACAGCGGUGGAACUGAUGCAAUAAUUUAUUCAAUAAUAUUCUAGAUCUACGCAUACAUCUUUUUGCUAACUGGUUCUCUGCAAUUGGAGUGGUGUUACCUAUCAACAUAGACUUUGCAUCGUGGAAUUUGCGACUUUAUGGUCUCAAUGUUGUUGAAAGAUUUGAAGUGUAUUUAUUUUUCAUACUUUAAAAAAUCUCGGAAAGUUACAAGAGGAAUUCAGGACUAUCAUCAGUAACGGGGAAUCAUUCAGUGAUGAUCGUGUACUCAAAUUUUAGACAUAUGUGGCAGCCUGUGCUCUCACUAUGCAGACCUCGUAAUGCUGCCAAGCAUACCACCUUUUGUACAGUAAAAAGUCAUUUCUCAUCAUUAACACCAAGAAAACCUCAAAGGUUUGGGAAAUUAUCGACGACAGCUGCUGUUUUAGGUCUUGUUUCAGUUUGUGGGGCUGUCUCUUACUUAAUGUUGGAUUCCCGGGACCAAAGAAAGAUAACAGUAUUUGCUGGGGGUGUACGGAGAUUUAUGAGAUCAUUACACAUUGGACUUGCCCUAUCUGCGGACUACAAGUGGACUCUGUACAAUGUUGAUGAAGAAAGUGACGAGUAUGCUGAAUUGCUGAAAGCUUGUCACAAACGCUCUGCAGAGAGAAUACUUGCUGGUUGCUUACAGAAUGGAGGUCUCUAUGUUAAACUUGGGCAAGGACUGGUGUCAAUGAACCACAUCUUGCCCAUAGAAUACACAAGUACACUUGUUGUGCUACAGGAUAAAGCCCUAUCACGACAGCCACAUGAGGUGGAACAGCUCUUUGAGGAGGACUUUGGCAAGAAACCAUUGGAAAUGUUUGCAGAGUUUGAAGAUGAACCGCUUGCUGCUGCGAGCUUGGCCCAAGUACACAAAGCUAAGACUCAUGAUGGAGAAUCGGUGGCUGUGAAGGUUCAGUACAUUGACUUAAGAGAUCGCUUCUCAGGGGACAUGAAGACCUGUGAGAUACUUCUCAAACUGGUGGGCUGGAUUCAUCCCAAAUUUGGCUUUUCUUGGGUUUUACAAGAUUUGAAGCAGACUUUGAGACAGGAGCUUGAUUUCGAAAAUGAAGGUCAAAAUGGAGAAGAAUGUGCUAAGGAUUUGUCUCAUCUGAAAUUUAUAUAUGUACCUAAGGUCUAUUGGAGCAUGACCACCAAACGAGUUCUGACCACAGAGUUCAUCGAUGGAGUAAAGAUUAACAACCUUGAGGGGAUAAAAGAUCUUGGUCUCAAUUUACAAGACGUAGAUCAGAAGCUCGUCCAGUCAUUUUCAGAACAGAUUUUCUUGUCUGGCUUUGUGCAUGCUGAUCCUCAUCCAGGCAAUGUGUUUGUUCGGAAAGGCCAAGACAACAAAGCAGAGUUAGUAUUGCUUGACCAUGGCCUCUAUGAUCGGCUGAACGGGGAGCACCGGAGGGCUUUGUGUCAGCUCUAUCAGGCAAUCAUCAUGAAGGAUGAAUUGGCUAUGGAUUAUAAUUCUAACCUGUUGGGAGUGCAGGAUUCCCUCAUUUUUGCCAUUAUGAUCAUGCAGCGUCCUGUGAGGAUGAAAUCACGACGUUUGUUUGAUAUCAAGCCCCCUACCCGUGAGGAGUGGGUGCUCAUGAGCAAAGAGGACAAAGCCAUGUGGAAAGAAAAGUUUCAAGAAAUUCAUGACAGGGUUCUUACAAUCAUGAAGGAAAUGCCUUCACCUCUCUUCUGGAUUUUUCGGAACUUGAACACUAUCAGGGCUAUCAUCCGAGACCAUGGCAACACAGUAGACAGAUAUGGCAUAAUGGCAAGAAGUGCAAUUCGAGGCUCCCAUCGGGACAGUGCUUCCAGCGGCACCUUUCUGACAGUGCUACAGGGUUGGUGGCACCGCUGCCUCUACGACUAUCGUGUGUGGAGGGAGAACGUCACCCACAAGCUGCUUAUGUUUCUAACCCUCAACUACUUGCGCUUUCUGCAACUGGUGGGCAAAGCGCCCUCCCUGGAAGAGUUACAGGCUUUCACCAAUGCAGAGAAGAAAAGAUUUGACAGCUUGUAGCAAGAGAGAACCAUUAGGAAUAGCAAAAUUUUUCCCCUUUGCGGCAUCAGGGGUGGGUGGCUAAUGUGAGGUGGUGUGGUGCCUGAAGGCAUCGCAGGGAAGGUGUGUGUUGUUGUUUAUGUCAGACUUUAUGGAUAAAAGUGAAAUUUGUGUGUCUACAACUUUCUACAAUUUAAAAAGAUCAGUGGGAGGGGGCUAUUUUUGUUUGUAAAAAAAAAUUGAAACUUGUAACGUGAAAUAUGUUUCAACACUCGUUGAAGUGAAAUGAACAUGUUCAUUUUUUGUGCGGCGUGUGGCCACUAGCGAGGACUCGAGCAAGCCAAGCUGGUGGUGACAGCUGACUCCCGCCGGCUUCCUUUGAAGUUUUCAUUAGAGAGGGAACAAAAUUGGGGUAGCAAAGUUUCCUUCAACAUUUUUAUCUUGAAAAAAUAUUGUGAUAUUCCGAAUCAGCGUAUCAAAAUAGAGAAAGUCUACACCUAAAGGACCGGUUUUAAAGCUUAGUUCAAAAGAUUUAUACAAAUACCGUGCAGUUUACAUGUCAACGCAAAGAGUCGCCCAACUAUUAAUUUGGGGCUAUCUAUCCCAGUUUUCCAUUGAUUGUUGUAUUAGCAAGUUAGUAAGCACAGAUCUAUCAGAAUGGACGAUUAUAGAAAACUAUUCGAGUAUAGACAGUAUUCGAGUUUGAUUCUCUUCUUGUUCAGUUCAGAACAUAUAAAAUGGUAUCGAACAUCAAUGUGUUUUGAUCUUCAAUGGUUCACAGGGUUGUUGGCAAGGGUAGUUGUGCCCUGGUUGUCCUCAAAGACCACAGGCAAAUUAUCUUCAAGACUUAUUCCUAUAUCAUUUAGGAACUGACUGACUGAGAUACAGAACCUCCUUCACUGCAACUGUGAGAGCUAUAUUUAGCCUCGCAGGUUGACAGAGCCUGUUGACUGACUGUUUCUUUGAUUUCCAUGAAAUCAGAGUACCUUCAUGUGUCAAACUAAAACUGUAACCUGAUGUGCUGCCUCUAUCUUCAGCACUGGAUGCCCAGUCGGAGUCACUGUACCCAAUGAGCCUCAGAGUUUCAAGAUAAUCUAGUCCUUCUCUUUGGCUAUAUCCCUUUGCCAAGGAGACCUACAAACAGGAGACGCACAGCCAAUUUUCAGCCUUUCCUAGGAGAGGCCAUUAGAUUUACCAACAUUCAUAGCUUUCUUCAUCACAAAUCUUUUCAAAUAUGUUAGCUUAUCCUCAAAUAGUAUUCUAGAGUGUAUAUUUUUGAAGUUUUAAGUGUUACAGUUCUUAAUGCUUAAUUGUUUCAGUCUAAUUUUAGCAAAAAUCUCUAUCUAGGUUCAUUAAGCAAUCAAAAGUAUGACUUGCUCUUCUUAUCAUGAAAUGUUUGUAGUCUUAAUUAGCUUUCAUUUUUUAACAUUAAUGAUUAAAUUAUGUAAAAUAUAAAAGCUAGAAAGAGAGAGAAGGGGAGGGAGAAAGAGGAGUGGUGAAAUUGGUGAACAGCAUUAACAAAACAACCAAAAAGGUAAAUUUGAAGCUAAACAAGAAAAAAAUAUCAUUUUUGCUUGUUAAAUUGAAUAUUAUUCUUUUAACUUGUGGUCUAGAGAUACUAGAAGGAUAUACUUGAUUGUUAAUUGCAGAACUAUUUUGCACUAUGUGUAUUCCACCAGCCGAGAGUUGAACUCAGAUCGCCAGAGUAAUUUCCAAUUAUACUACUGCCGGGGUGUUUUUUUGUGCUUUUUAAUUAUUAUCUUGAUCUUUUACUUACACUGUAGACUCUAGAUGAGAGCCCAAGGUGGGCCUACCGGGCAUCAAACAGCAGCUGCAUCAGGCGCGCUUCUUCAGAGACGUCUGUAGGAGGACAGAAUCCUUGUCCUGGUCCCACACAACAGUUACAUCAUGUGCACUUUCUUGAGGGACGUCUGUACUUCUGUAGGAGGGCAGAAUCCUUGUCCUGGUCCAGUUCCAGUUUCUGAAGGCCAUGAAGAAGUACAUUUGAAAGGUGUUUGUACAGUUUUGAGCACCCAAUGUUAAUCAGUCUCUUCCUGCAGCAUGCAAAAUGACACGCUGUCUUCAUUAAAUUGGGUCCAAGGCAGGCUAGCUUAUACGUGCUGACAUGUGGAAUAACCAGCUGUCCCCUGGAAACAGUUCCAAGAAAGUCAAUAGCUUCACCUUUCAAAACCUCAUCUUCCUCAGCAAAAUGGAUCUUGUCAUGCUCAGCACAUUUCUUUUCAAACCAAGCAGCUACGUAUGCAGCACUGCAAACCAAGCAGCUACGUAUGCAGCUCUGCUUUGUCAAUUUUCAGUCAGCAUCACUUCCGCUUCGCAGAUCUCCAUCACCACUGCAUCCUCCGGGUUAAUGUCAACACCUAGACAAGAAUGUUGCUGUGGGGUAGGAUCCACAUCAAGGUCUUGAAGGUUGGAGGCAGCAUAUUUGGCCAGAGGUUUUUUGUUUGCAGCAAACACGACACCAGUUGUCAUAAAGGCAUUGGCUUCAGACAACUUGGUAUACACCGAACUCCCCCUCAAGCCUGUCGCUCUGCAGCUCACGCCGUACAACAUAAUCAAAGGUUGGGUUUGAUGGCAACAGGUAGUCGCAGAUGGCCUGGAGACCCGACAGGGUUUGAACUAAGGCCUUUUUUGUGUCUCUUGUUUGCCCCUGGCCAGAAGCUGCAUUGGUGAACACCUCCAGAAAGUGGCUCAACAAGGGCGUGCCUUUCACUUGAACUGCACGUGAGGGUCGUUGAACCGCUCUUCCUGUUCUUUUCGUGAUACGUUCACCAUGUUCCAAAAGUUCAGAACUGUCUCAAUAAAGUCAGCUGUUCCAUCACUUCCUUUCAGUCGUAAUGCAGCAUCCUUUUCAUUGAAGACAUUGAGUAGGCCUACAUGAUGCACAUUUUGGAGCUGAAGUCGUGAUGGAUAUACUGCAGCACGGAUCAACGGGGUCGCUUUCAGGAUGUGAUCUUUUUCCUCCUCAUAGAGAUGAAUCACAUCCUCAAAGGAAGCUGUGUGGUCGUUGAGUGCGAGUGUUUCUCAGUGAUCCAAUUAUUCUGUAUGCUUUUUAAGAUAUGGACAGUGUCAUAGAGAAGAAACCACACACGAUCAGAGUUCAGUGGAUGUUCAGCUUUGCCUGUUGACUGAUCGAAACUGGCAAACAAUGUGCAAAACUGUUGAUUGACUUUAUGAUUGUCAGUUAUUGUACCAAUAACUCUGCCGCCUGCUUUCUCAACCUGUAUUGCUGCCUCCCUAACCACAGAAAACUGAUGUUAGCAUCCAAUCUGUGAACUGGUGUGACUGAAAUCAUAACACUAGGUCCCUUGUGCAGUGCUUCCAUCAUAAUACUAAGCAUCGAAGUCACUCUACAAUCCGCUUUGUUUUUUGCCUUUCCACUGAUGACGCCACCAGAGAAAGAGACUUUAGGCCUGAUUUUGACUUGGUCCACCUGGAGAAACACAUUUUUCUGCUGUUCUACCUCUAAAUUUCUGAAAGUUUUUUCCAAAACAGAUGCAAUGUCCGCAGAUGAGAUAACAGACUGGAGUUUCCAUUUGCUGGCAGAAUCAAGUACUCUCUAAGCUGCUCAUACUUACAAUGCGGGAAUGAUUCAAGAGCAAAACAAUAGUCCUGAAGAGAAUAUUCUUUCUUGAUGAAAAGCUGAAGCAGAUGAGUGAGAAAUACAAGUUUUUUCCUUUUGUCGCUGUCCGUACAACAGUCCGAGUCUAGCUUUUCAUGCACACCCAGAAUGCUCACAAUUUUCUCAACUAAAGAAUCAAAAUGGGGUUCAAAGUUCACAGCUCUUCGCACAGCAUCAAAAAACAUCUGAUGUGAUUUAAAUCCAUUGUUAGGGUGAAGAUAGUUUCCCAGUGGUACCCUGAUUCCACUCUUGAAGGCCUUGAAACUUAGUGGUGAGGUGAGAGUAACUUUGUUUUCAACCACAACAGGAAGUACAGAAUCACUGUAAUCGUCUGUCGUAAAAACCCACACCAGACGAUCAUCAGUUCUCGAGAUAAUGAAGUUCUUGUACAAUUUCUUCAAUUCCUUCUCUGAUUGAAAGGCGGCAAAUGUUGAGACUUCGUCCUUCGCCUUCAGGGACUCGAGCUGCCUAGCUUCAAUGUUUGAUACAUCUGUGCGACGUCAAGACUUUGGUGUUGGCAAACAAGACCUGGGCACAUCAAAGAUAGAAGAAGGAACUGCAGGUCGUGUGCCACCAGGUACUUUCACAAGAGGAUAUCCAUCAGCGGGCCAGUGAUUUUCACAAAGAAAAAACUUGUCCGGAUCGAUCACAAAGUAUCGGCGUAGAGGGAUUUUAUCAAUCCACUCCUUCCCCUCACUCUCGUUCUUUGGGGUAGUCUGAAUACCCUACACUUGUUCUUUGCAUUGUAGUUGCCCUUACAGUUCACUAGAUUACACUUGUUUACCAUGAUUUUACUUUAAAAAGCACGAUUUCAAACUUUCAAAUGAGCACAAGAAUUAAAACAUCAUGGGCGCUGCCAUCUUUGACCAAAGCACUCAGCUGUUAUGAAUACACCGUGCAAAAUAGUUCUCCAUUCACCUAUCUGAUAAUCAUACUAAACUCAUCUAAUACACCCUUGUAAUAAAUACACAUGCAUCUAAAUAAUUCUGAAUGACACCGAAUGAACAAAACCGUAUCAAGCAGCGCCAAAAAAAAAUAUUUUUUUACAGACUUCCUGUGCCAACUCUGUCUAUUUUUAACGCGAGCCGACCCAGUUUCAACCCUCCGCUGUGAAGCUGGCUUACCGCUGCCUGCUGGCCUUCACUGAGAGACACGGGAAAGCUCCGCUGCGAGUCCAUGAAGUAGUAGUCCAUGCCCUUUGCCCACAUAUCGAGCGUUGUAGGAAUUGGAACCAUUUGCACUUUCUUUGAUUGUACAGUAAACACCCAUUUUCCCCCCCACUGAUUGUCUACCCUCAGGGAGAGUGGUCAGAGUGUAAGUACCAUUUUCUUUCAGGGAGUUGAUUUCUUCAGUCAUUUCUUCUUUCCAAAACUCUGAUUCAGAUGAAUCGGUGGCUUCUUUAAACGUUUGAGGAAAAGAAGAAAAUUUGUAGCAAAAAUCAACAUUCAACAUGACAUUGUCUUCACCAGAUUUUGUGUCAUAAUCAGACAUGUACGAAGGAGGUUUUUCUCUCUGUUCUGGAAUAUCUCCCAUUUUGCUCAACAGAGGAUGGCUCAUUUUCUGGUUGUUUACAUUCUGACCUCUCAUCAGGAACAUUUUCAACAAAUAACAAUAGGAAUUGUACUUUUGACAAAAACAUCAUCAUCUGAAAAGUCAGUGGUAUGAGUUUCACCUUCAACACAAUCAAAAACUUUCUUUAGGACUACAAAGUGUACCACUCUACAUCUUAUCUCUUUCCCAGUAUCACAAAAAUAAUCAAGUGUGCUGGACUGCACCUAUAAUAUCCAACAAAAACUCCCUCUUUGCAUCUCUAGUUUAGUUUUUUCUUCUGCUAAGAGUACACAUAACAGUCGCAGCCAAAGACUCGCAUGUUCGAAAAUAUUUGGUCUGCGCCCUGUCAGUGCUUGUACUGAUGUUUGUUUCUCCCUUGGAUUGAAACACCUGUUUCGAUUGUACACUGCUGUGUGCACUGCAUAAGGCCACAUCUCUUUUGGCAGCUCAUAUCUCCCCAUUUAAAAAAUGGUACGCCACUGCCUUUCAGCUGUCCCAUUUUGAUGGGGCGAGUAAGGAGCUGACAUUUCUUGCUUAAUCUGAUUUUUCCUUAGGAGUGCCUUAAACUCUCCGAAGGUGAAUUCUGUCCCAUUAUCUGAUCUAAUUGACUUUACCUUCCCUUUUGGGACUGAAUCUUCAAGAAGCCUUUCUGUUGACCCCAAUAGUCUCAAUUUUACUUUUCAAAAAGUACACAAAACAUUGCACCAGAAUAGUCAUCUGUAAAUGCAAUUGCAUACUUAAAGCCUUCAUGUGAAGUUGGAGUAAUUGGACCUGUAAGAUCAGAGUGCACCAACUCCAAAGGAGAAGUGGCACGUUCACGUGGAUUCUUACUUCUCUCAUUCGUCAUUUUCCCCUUCACACACCUCGCAGUCCUUCUUCUUUGCCUUCCCACUUAUCUUCAUGCCAUUGACAACACUUUCAAGCCUCAAAACAUAAUCAAAAUUGCAGUGCCUAAGUGUUUCAUGCAGCCCAUAAGAUCCUGAAUGUAAUUCAUUUUGUCAACAGUAUCAUCUGAACUGUUUGUAUUGAGAUUUUACAAUUUGCCCGGCUUUUCAAUUGGAAAGCUUACAGCACCAUUUUUGUCAAGUUCUGCUGUAUCUGAGUGGAAUGAAAUACUUGCUCCUUCACCUGUGGCUGCAUGAACUGAAAAAAUAUUCUGAGGAAAAAUUGGUACAUACAGAGCAUUUUUCAGAGUAAAAUCUACAGAAUUACCAUCAGAAUCUGUAAAUUUCAUACUUGCAUUUCCUCUCUUCAUGGCUACAUUCACUCUUUCUUCAUUCGCUAGCUCUAUGGAAUGUUUUUCAGAUCUAAAUGUGUAAUCAAAUGAACUGAACUUUGACACAUCAUUCAAAUUAUGGGCACAAUCAAUCAAGUCAGCUUUGAAUUCUAUUUUCUGAUCAAUGUUCGUUUUCGCUUUGAAUGCGAAUGUAUGUUUUUGGUCAUCUCUGUGGGCUGCCGUCUCUGUAUCGUGCAUCCGCAACCUCAUUGACUGUAUCUGUUGUGUUCUUCCUUUGAAAUCUGCAUGUAUUGUCAGAAUGUCAGAGGGAUUAUUCUUUCUGCAUAACUGGACCACAGUUUCUUUUGCCUUUAAUUCUUAGAGAAGUGUCCGGGUUGUCCACAUCUGAAACAUACAGGAGAACUCUUGUUGUCACCCAUAGCAGCUCUAACGCUGCCGGUACCUUGACUGGCUGCCCUUUGCCCACUCUUCAGAAGAGAAUCACCAGACUGGACCCUUGAUUUUUUAGUCUCUUUGAAACUCCUCAAAGAGAUCUUAAAUUCUGUUAUCUGUUGUUUUUUAUCACAGCAACUAAGGAUUGGAAGGUUUCAGGUUGACUUUUUAAGAUCAUAGCUAUCAGAAGGCUAUCUGAGACUGUCUCAUCAGCAUUUUUCAGUGCUGCUGCUGCUGUUUCUGCUCUAAUGAUAUAGUCUGUCACACUUUCUUCAUGUUUCUUCACGAGGGAAGUCAGUUCUGUGUACAAACUAAUGAUUCUUGGAGUGCUUGAGCCUGCAUAGAGUUGACGUAAAAUCUUGAGAGCCGCUCUCCCAUCAUCUACAGCAUCUCACUUUUUAACCAAAAACAAACUCUUGUCGUCUAAAAACUGGAUAAGCUCACUUACUUCUUCAUUUUUAGCUUGGUCAACUUCUUCACCAUCACCUGCCAGUAUGAUGUCUUUCAGUUUCUGUAGUCUCAUGUACCCUUGAAACUUCACCUCCCAUUUUUCAUAUUUAUUCUUAUCCCCAUCGAAUAAAAGUCUACUGUACCGCGAACUGGGCUCAUAACCUGUUGAGUGGGUACUAGUUUGACUUGCCAUGGUGAGGGUACAUAACAAAAACAGGCACUUUGGUUGUACACUGUAAAGAUAAAUUAGCAGACAACGGUUAUGCUGUUCAGGUGGAAGGAAGGAGAGAGUGAAAGUAAUCUCCCCUGCUUUUCUGGAUUUGCAAAUGAAAAAUCCACGACUAAUUACCGAAACAUAACAUGAAUGAUCAGAAGUUCAAUAGUGAAACAGAAGAAAUAGACUCGAGAACAAUCCUGAGGUUGCGGGUUAGGGGGUUCAAGCCUCAGGCCCGUCGUUGUGUCCAAAGUGCGAAUUUUCCUCACUUCACCCAGGUGAGCAUGGGUACUCAGCCAUAGACAGUAUGUUCGUGAUUCGUGUUCUAGUACUGAAAAGAAAUGGCAGCUUGCACUAUGCUUCCCAGGAAGAUGGGGUUGUUUCAGAAUGCUAUCAGGUCUGCUGGGGUAAUAAUAUAUAGAUUGUAAAGUGUAUAGAACUAGCUGUUGAGUGAGAUUUGCUCUAUACAAAUGCUAUCUAUUGUGAUUUGUGUUACAAGAGGGUUGAUGGUGAAGAUUUAGACAAUAUAACCCCUGGAAUUCUUUUCGGUUUAGAAAUCGAAGCAUUUUGGCUUAUCAAUAGUUUUCUUACACAGAGGAAAAAAGGGAGCUUCUAUUUUCUUUCCAUUUCCAUUUACCUCUGUUUUUGGAUUAAUAAAACUGUGUUUAGUUUAAACACACUUCACUAUUUAAUAGAGAUGAAGAUUGGGAAGUUUGUGAUGCUGAAAACUUAGAUAGCCUUCCCUGUACUGAGCUUAAUGGCUGUGAAGUAGCUUGUGGUAGAGUUUGAAUAAAUGAGAUGGUCUUUGCUAACAAUGUAACCAAUCUUACGAGUGGGUGGAAGUGAUGACUGUUUUAGUUCUUGGGUAAGUUGCUUUGAAAGUGGAUUGACCUUUAUGUAUUUAAUGAGUAACAGUGAAAGGUCUUUUUUCAAAAGCAAUUUUGAUGUUUUAGUAGUCUAGAUUGUGAAUGAUUGUAAAUGGCUGAUGGCCCCCAUCAACGCCAUAUGUAUCCUUUAGGAUGCAGACUACUUUAACCUUACCAAUCAGGGUAACCUGGGAUUAACUUACUGUUAAAUUAACUUAAAUAGAGAUGUUAUAAUAUUUAAUAUUCUCAGUGUGUGAAUUAAACUGUCUCUCUUAAAUGAUAAAGAGUCAAAUGAUUUUUUUCAGAGAUGCAAAUGUACAUUUGAAGUUUCUUGUGGUAAUUCAAAUCACUUGCGAUAUUAAAACUUUGCCCCAGGCAAGCAGAUGUUUGUUAAUCAUGAGAUGUAUUUAUGAAGCUUUUAUUUGUGAUGGAUGUACAAACACAGUGGAUUCGCCUUCCACUUCCCCACCUUUUUUGGGGGUAUCUGCCUCGCCUCCCUUUUUUGGUGAAUGUUUUUAAUCAACAACAAAUGCGUUGCGCGUGCUACAGUGGGGUCGCCUUUCGUCCCUUUCGCUUCACUCCCCCAUACUGCAAAAAAAAAAAAAAGGGAGGGAUCGAUAACUAAGGUCUGUCCUUAAAUUUCAUUCUCCUCGCUCGUUCCCACUGUGUAUAUAUAGUGGUAUUGAUGGGUGUUGUCUUGCAUCAUUUUAAAAAAUUGUGGUUUUUGUUUUACGUAAGGUCCAAUCUUAUCAACAAGGGGAAGCAGGAAUGCAUCAGCUUUCAUUUUCAGAUAAUUUUUUUUUUUUAAAUCGUCAUUUAUAAAAAACAUUAUCCACUAAAUGAUAUUUGCAAAAAGUAAAUUUUUCUCGGAGUUCAUUGAUUCUAUGAACCCCAAUAUCAACGUGAAAUUUGACAUCGGCCUUUUAACUAAUGCAGCAUCAGCAGCUGCACAGAGCAAUAAAAAAAAGAUGAGGGGAGGAGGGCGAAUCCACUCUGUCACUUCAGGUCCCUUCCAAUUCGCCUCCCUUUCCUCACAUUUUUGUUAUUUGACAAAAGGGGGUGAAAGGCUGAUCCACUGUGUUUGUACCUUUACACCCUCCAACCACCAGCAAGUCAAAGUGUUGGGUGUCACAGCACAGGAGAGAAUGACUAAAGCAGUUUUUCUUGUUAUCAUUCUCUUCUUUAGUCUUUCCCACUUUCUUAAAAGGGACAUGCUUAACUUAAAACAUACAAAGCUGUGAGACUCACAACUGUGUCCAAAGAAAAAAAAAAUCUUUUGCAUUGGUACAAUUACUUUUUUAAUGAAAAAAAAAAAGAAAUAAAGGAAGCUCUAGAAUGACAAGGCACACAUCAAAAUAGUCACAUUCAUGUCAAACAGUAUUAAGAAACUAACAAGGUAAUAUUCUAGUAGGCCUACAUCAUAUGCUACACUAAGUUAUAAGAUUGUAAUUAUGUUUCACCCCCAUCGAUACAGUUUAGAUAACUGAGAAGGCAGGCUGCUUUAACCCUGCCCGUCACGGUCAUUCAGAUUUGAAUGGGUUAUAGUACUUAUAGCAUCCCAGCUGACAGAAAGUCAUACUUGAAAGGAUAACUUAGGAUAGCUUUGACACUCAGGAAUUGAAAUUGCAUCUUCUGUGGGCAAUGCUGAAGAGCCCAUUCUUUAGGUAGACCAUUACAAAAAUUCUUAGUUUUGAAUUUAUUUGAAAAUACAAUAAAUAUAUCAUGUUCGUUUCCUCUAAAUGUGAAGCUUGGGGAAAUUAGUUUCUAUUCAGCUUUUAUAUAGGCCUACUACUAUGCUUGAUUUCUUUUUAGCUAAGUGUAACCAUCAUGUUUAAGUUUUGAGUUUCAAUUCUCAAUUGUCACAAACAUGUUGUUCCAGAUCUCUUACUGUUCAGACACUGAUAUACAUUUGUCUCUCUUUUUUCAAAAUGUUCUCAAAAGAUAGAUCUACCUACUUCUGACUCUUGUUGGUUGUGUUGGGUUCAUCGCCAUCUACUCAUUUUACUAUAAUAAUCGAUCAGUCGCUCAUUUUAUUUUCACUUUGAUUAUUCACACAUAUAAAUAUAACUGAACUUCAAGGAGACUGUUUCUUUUCAUGGGCUCAAUCAUACUCAGAUUAUAAAUAUAUAUACGUUGCAUUUUAGAAAAUAUUUCCCAUUGCUUGCCCUAUGCCGAAACUGGUCAUUAUGACAUCAUUUAUUUUUUACAUAAAUGCAAUGUAAAUAUGAUUAGUUUGAAUAUAUUUGAUCAAUACUAUUGAUAUGGUUGUAUUUAUUUGGACGGAUGUCUUGAAGUGGAAUGACUUAUAUGGAAUAGUAGUUUGAAUAAAUUAUGCUAUUACUACCU